UCAGGGCUGUGGGCGACUCGUCGCCAUUACAGGCAUCGGCGGCGGCGCUGAGGCGGACCGGGCGGCUCCCCUUGGCCGCGGACUCCCCUUCUCGCCACUCUCGAGACGCCGGCGCAAGGCCGGGCCUGGCUUGCGGAGGCCUCGCGGGCCCUCGCCCUCUCACGAGGCCGCUCCUCCGUCCGCGGGGCGCAGGCCCGGCCGCGCCAGGCCGCCUCUCUCUCUCUCUGUCUCUCUGACUCGGCACCGGAGCAUCCCGGCCCGUUCCUUCCCUCGCCCGGGCGAAGCCGUGAGGAACAUGUCGCCAUGAGGGUGGCCGAGACGACUGCGCUGCGCCGACCCCGCCGCCGGGCCAUGAGCCUGGGCCUCGGCCCCAGCCGCCAGCCGCCCUCCCGCCCGCUCCGUAGCGGCGCCCCCGCGCCCGCCCGCCAACGCCAUGGACAAGAACAGCCCCUGCGGCGGCCCCGGCCCCGGAUCCUCCUCCGCGACGGGAGGCAAAGGGCAGCAGCCCCGCUCUAACUCCGCCGGCCCGGCCGGGGGGGAGUCCAAGCCCAAAGGGGAAGGGAAAAAUGCAAGUGGAUCCAGACAGCGUUAUAAUCGUAAGAGAGAAACUUCAUAUCCCAAAAAUGAGACUUUCCCCAGCCAGUCCCGUCGCUCCUUUUCACAGAAAAGCAAAGCUUUUAACAAGAUGCCCCCUCAGAGGGGGGAGCAGAACAGCGGCAGCAAAUCUUUUAGCCUUUCUUCUAAUGGUGGAAGACGAGAUGAGGUAGCAGAAACUCAGCGGGCAGAGUUCAGCCCUGCCCAAUUCUCUGGCCCCAAGAAGAUUAAUCUGAACCAUUUGCUGAAUUUUACAUUUGAACCUCGUGGCCAUACUAGCCAUUUUGAUGGGAGCAGCCAUGGCAGUUGGGGAAGAAGAAACAGAUGGGAAAACAAACCUUUCAACAAGGAGCUUUUCCUUCAGGCCAACUGCCAGUUUGUGGUGCGUGAUGAUCAGGACUACACGGUUCACUUCACUGACCCAGAUACCUUGGUCAACUGGGAUUUUGUGCAACAAGUGCGGAUUUACAGCCAUGAAGUGCCCUCCUGCCCAAUCUGCUUAUACCCACCCACUGCUGCCAAGAUCACUCACUGCGGGCACAUCUUCUGCUGGGCCUGCAUCCUGCACUAUCUCUCCCUGAGUGAGAAGAUCUGGAGUAAGUGCCCCAUCUGCUACGGCUCUAUUCACAAGAAGGACCUCAAAAGUGUUGUGGCUCUAGAAACCCGUCAGUAUGCAAUUGGUGACACAAUAACAAUGCAGCUCAUGCAGCGGAAGAAAGGAGCCUUGAUGGCACUGCCAAAGUCAGCGCUCGCCCACGUGGAGCAGCCGAUUCACUUGGGGGAUAAGCCGCACAGCCAGUAUUCAAAGCUGCUUCUGGCCUCUGAGGCUCAGGUCCUCCAGCAAGUAAUCUUGGAGGAAAAGAUGGCCCUUCUGCAUCAGUACCAGGAGGAAAAACAUACACCUGAAGCAUGUUUUAUUGAAGCAGCCCUGCAGGAACUGAAGGAUCGUGAAGGCCACUUGAUGUCUGACGGUGAUGUUCCUGGUGUCACUGCAGCUGUGGAAAAAUUAGUCAUGGCAGAAGCUUCUGAGAAAGAAACUCUGGCAGUACCACAGGAGGAAAAGUGCAUUCCAGAAUAUCUUUCUGCUUUCAAUGAUGAAUUGCUGGGAUCUCCUCCUGUGGAUCCUGCGAGUGGAGAUCCCCCACCUUUGGAAAGGGCAGAGGCGGCAGCGGAUAACGGCGUGGAGAGGAACAUGGAUCCAGCAAGCACAAGUGAAGGAGGGGAAGCCAGUUUGAGUGCAUCUGCCUCAGGAAAACCCAAGGCUGCGUUUGCCAGCAGACACACCCAGAGUUCUCCUUCCUAUUACUUCUACCAAGCUGAAGACGGGCAGUGUCUGUACCUGCACCCAGUGAACGUCCGUUGCCUCGUACAUGAAUAUGGGAGCCUGGAGAAGAGUCCAGAGAGAAUCACGGCUACCGUGGUGGAAAUAUCUGGCCACUCCAUGACAGAGGAUGUGCGUCAGCGUCAUCGUUACCUCUGCCAUUUGCCCCUCACCUGUGAGUUCAGCAUCUGCGAAUUAGCUUUGAAGCCUCCUGUCAUUUCGAAGGAAACACUGCAGAUGUUUUCAGAUGACAUUGAGAAACGAAAGCGGCUCAGACAGAAGAAAGCACGCGAUGAACGGCGUCGGGAACGCAGAAUUGAGAUGGAGGAAAACAAGAAGCAGGGCAAAUAUCCAGAGGUCCGGAUUGCGUUAGAGAACCUACAGCAGUUUCCGGCCUUCAGCGCUUGCUCAGGAGAACCUGCUGGCCCUGAGAACCAGAGCCACCUGCUACCACCUUGUGUUGGAGGAAGUCCCACUUCUCAGUCAGAGUCCUUGUUGACUCCCCUGUCAUCUUCCAGCCUUGGCAGUCCCCCGUUCCUUAUUGGCAGUCUGGAGGAGGACUCUGCCUUCCCCUCAUUUGCCCAGAUGCUGAGGGCUGGAAAAGCCAAACCAGAAGUAUGGAAUAGUUCUCAGCCAAAGAAGAAAGAAGAGACCCCCACUGUGGCACCUCCGGCUCCCGGAGACAGCGAUGCAGAGAGCGACAACUCGGACCGUGUGCCCGUGCCCAGUUUCCAGAACUCAUUCAGCAAAGCUAUCGAGGCAGCCUUCCUCAAGCUGGACAAACCGUCCACUUCUGACCACCUCUUAGAGGAGAAACGAGGCAAGAAAAAGAAGCAGAAGCAGAAGCUGCUCUUCAGCACAUCAGUGGUUCACACAAAGUGAUUUUAUCAAUGGGCAGGUGGCUCCUCCUCCUUUCAAUUUAUUGGGUUUGCUUUUGUGUUUUUGCUGCUAUAGAUAAAUUAUUUUAAUUCGAACACGAUCUGUUUCCGGGAAGCGGGGAGGGCUAGGGAUGAUUAAAAAUGGGCAUAUGUUGUUUGUUUGCUUGCUGAUAUCAAACCGAAGUAUUGCAACACAGACCCUUGGCCAAAAGGAUGUGUGUUUUGCCAGGCUGGCUUGCCAUUGGGCUGUAGAAGUACAACAUCUGGGUGGUGGGUGCACAGCUGCUUUUGCCAUUCGGGGGACAGGUUGAAUGUGAUUAGCCUGGGGCUGCAAUGAGCUAAACGCAACCAGGGGGCUGUUGCUCACACUUUGGACAUAGGGAAGACACCAGCCGAUAGACACACUUCCCGAUGGCUGUGCCCACUUAAUUGUGCCCACUCGUGGUGCAUGUAACUCAGUUCCUCCCUCCUGAUGCUUUCUGCGAUGACCAGUGUUUGCAGAGUUUCUGUUGGAAUAAACCUACCAUGGUCAGUCCGUGUGCAGUGGCUGCUUUUGGGGUGAAGGGGCUAAUUCCUGAGGGAAGGGAGGAAUGGGGAGCAGCGUUUCCCUUUGCACAGAAGGGGCAGCCCAGAGGAGCCUGGCAUUCGUUGGGGGCCGAUUCCAGUUGGAUAGGAGGAUGUGUGUUCUUUUCCCACUUUCGUUUCUUCUGUUAGAGAAAAAAACACUCAUUCUGCACUGCUUUUUGGCUUGAUCCGAAAUUAAUUAGUACUAAAGUGUCAUUUCCAUUGACUACAAUGAAGUUUGGUGUAAUAUACCAGCAAAAGUAAAUAGUUGCAAUAAACCAUAUGCACAACAA